AGCGGAGCCGCCUCACUCUCGAGCAAAUUCUGAGAUUUGGAGCAGACAUUGUGCGUGCAGUGGUUGAACUCCAUGCAGCUGAUGUUCUGUGUAUGAAUUUGAAACCAUCCAAUUUUCUCUUGGAUGCAAAUGGACAUGCUGUGGUUUCCGAUUAUGGGCUUCCAUUGAUUUUGAAGAAACCUUGUCAUAGAGCAGGCACUGUUCCAGAACAGGAGUCAUCAAAACAGCAUUGGUGUUUGGAGUGUCUGUUUCUGAGUCCGCAUUAUAGAUCUCCAGAGGCGUGGGAGCCUUUAAAGAGACCAUUACAUUUGUUUAGAGACGAUGGAAUUGGCAUAUCCUCUCAGUCUGAUGCGUGGAGCUUUGGUUGUGCCCUUGUUGAAAUGUGCACUGGUUCCACUCCGUGGGCUGGUCUUAGUGCAGAAGAAAUUUAUCGCGCUGUUGUUAAAGAAGGCAGGCUACCUCCACAGUAUGCAAGUAUCGUAGGCGUUGGUAUCCCUAGAGAAUUAUGGAAGAUGAUUGGCGAGUGCCUACAGUACAAGCCAUUGAAAAGACCAACUUUCCAUGCAAUGCUUGCUAUAUUUCUUCGACAUCUACAAGGGAUUCCUCGAUCCCCUACUGGACGUACUACUGAAGCGCCAUGUUUUCAUCAUAUUGAUAGGUUGGAACAGUCCCCUACCUCUGUUUUGGACAUUCUCCAGGUUAAAAGCAACCAUCUGCAUCAACUUGUAUCUGAAGGGGAUGUUAAUGGUGUCAGAGAUCUUCUUUCCAAGUCUGCAUCAGGGAAUAAUAGGAGCUCAGUCAUCUCUCUGCUGGAAGCUCAUAAUUCUGAAGGCCAAACUGCUCUGCACCUGGCAUGCAGAAGGGGAUCUCCAGAACUGGUUGAUGCGAUCUUGGAGUAUAGUGAUGCAGACAUAGAUUCCCCUGAUGAAAACGGGAAUCCACCAAUAGUAUUUGCUUUAGCUGUUGGAUCAGCUGAAUGCGUGCGUGCACUCAUUAGGAAAUCAGCUAAUGGUAUGUUUAGGUUGAUGGAAGGCUUUGGUCGGUCUGUUGCUCAUGUCUGUGCCUAUUAUGGGCAACCCAAUUGCAUGCGUGAGCUACUUCGGGCGGGGGCUGAUCCCAAUGCAGUUGAUGAUAAUGGUGAAUCUGUACUGCACGUGGCCAUUGCGAAGAAAUUUACUCAUUGUGCAAUUGUAAUUAUGGAGCAUGGAGGUUGCAGAUCAAUGGGGUUUCUGAAUUCAAAAAACUUAACGCCUCUGCAUAUGUGCAUCACAACCUUAAACGUAGAUGUUGUUAAGAUGUGGGCUGAACUUGCAUCACCUGAGGAGAUUUCUGAAGCUAUUGAUAUACCAAGUGCCACAGGAACUGCCUUAUGCAUGGCAGCUGCUCUUAAGAAAGACCGCGAGAUAGAGGGGAGAGAACUUGUCAGAGUUCUGCUAAAGGCUAAAGCUGAUCCUGCAGCCCAAGAUCCACAGCAAUGUCGAACAGUUCUUCAUACAGCUGCCAUGGCUAAUGAUGCUGAGUUAGUGAAGAUUAUUCUUGAUGCUGGAGUGGAUGUAAAUAUCAGGAACGUACAUAACACAAUACCCCUUCAUUUGGCACUGGCACGAGGUGCAAAGCCAUGUGUUCAAUUACUCUUAUCUGCUGGAGCAAACUGUAAUUUGCAGGAUGAUGACGGUGACAAUGCCUUUCAUAUAGCAGCAGAUGCAGCAAAGUUCAUACGUGAAUGUCUUGAAUGCAUCUUGUUGAUAUUAAGAUAUCCGGAUGCUGCUAUUGGCGUAAGAAACCACAGUGGUAAGACAUUUUGUGAAUUAUUGGAAGCCCUACCUCGGGAAUGGAUUUUUGAAGAACUUAUGGAUGCACUAAAAGAGAAGGGUAUUCAUUUGUCCCCAACAACAUUUCAAGUGGGCGAUUGGGUGAAAUUCAGAAGAUGCGUGGCAAAUCCUGCAUAUGGUUGGCAAGGUGCAGGGCCCAGGAGUGUUGGGUUUGUGCAGGGUUCCCAAAGUAGCGAUGGUCUUUCUGUAUCGUUUUGCUCUGGUGUUGCACAUGUUUUGGCAGAUGAAAUUAUCAAAGUUAUUCCUCUGGAUAGGGGACAGCUGGUGCAACUUAGACCUGACGUGACAGAGCCAAGGUUUAAGUUGCUUGGACAAGCACGCGACAGCAUUGGAACUGUCUUGUGUAUUGAUGAUGAAGAAGGAAUUAUUCGAAUUGGAUUUACUGGUGCAUCUAGAGGAUGGCAAGCUGACCCUGCAGAUUUUCAAAGACUUCAAGAAUUCAAGGUUGGUGAUUGGGUCCGUGUACGUUAUACUGUACCCACUGCAAAGCAUGGAUUUGGAGCUGUAACUCCAGGGAGUAUUGGGGUUGUGUAUGGUAUCAGACCAGACAGUAGUUUGCUGAUUGAAUUCUGCUAUUUGUCGAGCCCUUGGCUUUGUGAACCAGAGGAGAUCGAACCUGCUGUCCCCUUUAAGAUUGGAGACCAAGUAUGUGUUAAACGCUCUAUAUCUGAACCUAGAUUCCCUUGGGAUGGUGAGACGCAUAAUAGUGUUGGAAAAGUAAGUGAUAUUGAAAGCAAUGGUCUCUUGAUAAUUGAACUACCAAAUCGGCAUGGACCAUGGAAGGUAGAUCCAUCUGACAUGGAGAAGGUGGAAAAAUUGGAGGUCGGUGAUUGGGUUAGGGUGAAAGCAUCUGUACCCUCUCCCAAAUAUGGGUGGGAGGAUGUACCACGAAACAGCAUAGGAAUAAUUUUUUCCUUAGAGGAGGAUGGAGAUGUGGAUGUGGCAUUUUGCUUCAGGAGCAAAACUUUCCCUUGCUCUGUUACAGACAUUGAAAAGGUGCCACCUUUUGAAGUGGGACAAGAGAUUCACAUUCUGCCGUCUGUUACCCAGCCAUCGCUUGGGUGGUUAGAUGAAACCCCAGCCUCUUCAGGAAAAAUUGAAAGAAUUGAUAUGGAUGGGACUCUAAAUGUGAGGGUGUCUGGAAAGAAAAACCUAUGGAGAGUUGCUCCAGGUGAUGCAGAAAAAUUAUCAGGGUUGGCAGUGGGUGACUGGGUCAGGAUGAAGCAAUGUUUGGGAACAAAAUCAAAUUAUGAAUCGAAUAAUACUGUGAGGGAAAAAAUAGCAGUAGUUUACAGCAUACAAGAUUACUCUUAUUUAGAAUUGGCAUGUUGUUUUCAUGAGGGCAAGUUCCCUGUACACUGCACAGAAGUGGAAAAAAUUCCUCCACUAAAAAUUGGCCAGUAUGUCCGAUUCCGUGCUGGAUUGGCUAAACCAAGAUGGGGAUGGAGAGGUGCUAAUCCCAAUUCAAGGGGUGUUGUAACUGCGGUAAAUGCUAAUGGAGAAAUAAGGGUAUCGUUGUUUGGCUUGUCCGGAUGGUGGAGAGGAGAUCCUGCAGAUUUUGAGGUAGAGCAAAUGUAUGCUGUGGGAGAAUGGGUGAAAUUAAAAGAUGAUACUGAUGGACGGAAAUCUUUGCCUGCCGGAAGUGUUGGUGUUGUACAAGGAUUAAGUUAUCAUGAAAAUGAAUGGGAUGGUUCUGUUCUUGUUGGAUUCUGUAGAGAACCGGAAAUGUGGGUGGGACACACUUCAAAACUUGAAAAGACAGACAGAUUUCAUAUAGGACAGCGGGUGAAGGUGAAGCCUUCUGUACCAAAUCCACGAUUCGGGUGGUCGGGCCACUCCCAUGCCAGCAUUGUUUCUAUAACUGCAAUUGAUGCAGAUGGCAAAAUUAAAGUAUCCACUCCAUCUGCUCAAAAGCCAUGGACACUUGAUCCAUCUGAAGUUGAUCCGGUAGAGGAAGAGCAGCUCAACAUCGGAGACUGGGUGAAGGUCAAGCCAUCUAUUGUAAUGCCUGUUUAUCAUUGGGGGGAUGUUACUCGUCAGAGUGUCGGGGUAGUCCACAAGAUGGAGGAUGGAGAGCUUUGGGUGGCCUUCUGCUUUGUGGAGCAGCUGUGGAUAUGCAAGGACUCGGAGGUCGAGAAGGUGAGACCCUUUAGAGUUGGCGAUGCAGUGAGAUUUCGGGAAGGAUUAAAAAUUCCUAGAUGGGGAUGGGGAAUGGAGACACAUGCCAGUGAAGGCCAAGUAGUUGGUGUUGAUGCAAAUGCAAAAGUAAGGGUUAGAUUUAGGUGGAGGGAAGGACGUCCUUGGAUCGGGGACCCCGCUGACCUUGUUCUUGAUGAGAGUACUUGAUCUUGAUUCAGGAGCCUAAAUUUAAAGCUCUGCAUACCAAAUCAACUUCAGUAGAGAAUGACCCCCAGGCUUCGGCUUUGCAAGCGUGUGGAAUUCUGGGAUACUGAAGUAAUUCACCGAUCGAAGACGAGGCAUUAUGCCAUGUACGUAAAUGCUUUGGAGAACUGCAGUUGGAGAUGAAGAUGAAUAGAGAGUUGGAGGAAACAGUGAAGCAAUGCCCCUUUUGGUGUGGCAUAAUCAAUCUAUAUAUCGACAACGUCUUUUAUAUAUCGUUGUGCUUGUAGAUAAAGUUGAGUUAUAUAAAAAACUGCUGAGGGGUAAUAUAUUAUUUAGAUAUGUACAUAUAAUUUUCCGGUGAUUAUAAUAACUAACAUUUCAGCAAUUCUUCUACCCUAAAAGCUGCAUAUUUGCUUGAUGCGUCUGGACUAAGAUUCCAUAGGAGGCAGGAGCAUAUCACAGUGAUUUCUUGUAAUGCAAAUGGCUCCAAUCAGGUUUGCCAUAUUUUUUCUACCGCGGGUACAAAAAUUGAGAAAUAAAGUCGAUCAAUAGAGAUUGUUCA